AUGAUGCUGCACAUCUUCCUCAUCUCCAUGCUGUUUCUUGAGGUUUUGCCUCAAUCAUUGUUCGAGCAGUUGUGGUUGACGACAUCUCCAUCAACAGCGCAGAAUAACUCAAAUAUAAGAUAUGAAGCACAAGACAGAUCAUCUGUUCAACCUCACUACAUCACAGAUGCAAAAAAGAGGUUUUCUCUGGAUAAGAAGCCGGAGAUUACAGUAAAUUAUGACUCUCCAAAUGGAGAAUUUAGAGUUUACUGUGAAAUACCAGGAUCAGAUAAUGCUGGUUAUACUUGUUUUCUCUUAAUUGGAGACGAAAAUAAACAAAUUCUUAAGACUUAUAAACCAUCUGGACGAACACAGUGUGUUAUUACGUUCAAGGAACAUUAUUUGCUUAAUAAACUAAUGUCAGUUAAGAGUAAAGUGAUGAGCUGCAAUUAUUCUUCUGGAACUUCAAUAUCAUCUGAACGUUCACCAUACAGUAAUAAAUACAACCUAACAGCUUUUCUACCUGUACAAGUUCAGGUAACAAGUACAACAAAAGGAUCAACAUUAUAUUCAACAUCAGUGAGUGAGGAGACUACUAAACAAAACCCAACAACACCAGACAAUUCCAUCUUUACCAACAAUACUAUGUUCAUAAGCAUUUCAACCAUUCAGAAUAUCACAGCCACAAAGUCUAGCAUGUGGUCUGACAGCACAAUAAACUCUACAUCGGGUAAGUACUUUUUAAAACUCUGA